AUGGCGUUCGUCCAUGGCGAGCAGCAAGCAGUGCCUUCCGACGAGGACAUGGUCGGAGCUUUCGCCCUUCUCUACCACCACGCCUUCAGCUACAUCAAGACCAUGGCGCUCAAAUGCGCCGUGGAACUCGGCAUCCCCGACGCCAUCCACGGCCGUGGCGGAGCCGCCACCCUGGCUGAGAUCGCCAACGACGCGGGGGUGCACGAGUCCAGGCUCCCCGACCUGCGGUGCCUGAUGAAGCUGCUGACCACGUCCGGGAUUUUCAGAGCCACCGCCGCGGACGGCGGCGAGGUGGCGUCGUACGGGCUCACGGUGGCGUCCAGCCUCGUGGUCGGCCCACGCAGCCUAUCCAACAUGGUGCGGUUCGACAGCGGCCCGGUCUCCCUCACCCCGUUCUUCGACAUGCCCACGUGGCUCCGGACCGCGCCGGCGCCGGAGCCGGAGACUCCCAAGUCGCUCUUCGAGCUGACGCACGGCCGCUCCCGGUGGGACCCAGCGAACGACGAUAACGACACGAUGAACGUCGCCGCCUUUGCUGAGAGCCAGCUGCUGAUCGAGGCGGUUCUUGGCGGCCACCGCGACGUCUUCCACGGGCUGACCUCGCUGGUGGACGUCGGCGGCGGCCAGGGCUCCUUCGCCAAGGCCAUUGCGGCGGCGUUCCCGGGCAUCAAGUGCACCAUAAUGGAUCUGCCCCACGUCGUUGACGACGCCCCCGUCGCUGGUGGCGACGUGCAGUUUGUUGCCGGCGACAUGUUCGAGUCCAUUCCAACAGCGGAUGCUGUUUUACUCAAGUAUGUGUUGCAUUGCUGGGACGACAACAAUUGCGCCAAGAUUCUUAAACAUUGCAAGGAUGCUAUCCCUGCAAGAGACGCCGGAGGAAAGGUGGUAAUCACAGAGAUGGUGCUGGGGUCCGGGCCUCAUCGUGACACAAAAGUUGCUGAGACAGAAGAGAUGCAUAGCUUGUUCCUCACGUGCAUCAGCGGCGUGGGGCGAGAGGAGCAUGAGUGGAAGAAGAUUUUCCGCGAUGCUGGAUUCAACGACUACAAAAUCACACCGGUGAUGGGCCCGAUUUCGGUUAUCGAGGUUUACCCUUGA